AUAUUAUCCGUUAUCAGCAGGCUACAUACAACAAGCACAAGAAAACUCUGGACAAAUUUCAUUUUCUUCUUGAAAGUAUUUGGAUUAUUAUCGAUUUUAUCAACAUACUCCACAGGACUACGUCUCGGACUAAGACUUUGACUGGAAAUCCCUGGAUUUUAAUUUGAGGUCCGGAUAGCCAGGGUUAUCUAAGCAGAAGCACCAAAGACGGCCCAGCCAAUGUUGCAGCGUAUGAGUGAAAUGACUACUACGGCCCUCCCAACUGUUAUGCAGGCCUUGGAACUCGUAUCAACAUCGAGCAGUACGAUAAAGCUAAAAUGGGCGUAUAACGAGUACUUCUAUCCAAACCUCAUCUCCUCACAGGUUUAUAUCCAGCGACAUGACAGUACGCAUAUUGACUACAGUGCCAUGAUGGGAACUGACGUGACAUCAUACACAAUAAAAAACUUGCAAGUGAAUACACACUAUAAAGUAUGCUUGGCAGUGUAUAACGAUGACGCACUGGACUUGCCCUCACCGGAGCGCAACUGUCUGGAUGCCAUGACAACUGCAUGGCAUAUCCCUGUUUCUAUUGGAAGUAGUAUUGGGGCUGUUCUAGCCUUUGCAAUCAUUGUCUUAAUUGUCUUGAUCUCGCAGUGCAAAGCGAAGAGUUUUCAGAGCGUGCAUCGCCGAAAGAGUAGUCGAUACGACUCGCAGUAUGACUCCACGUACGAGAGUGUGACACAUGACCCAGAGUCCAUGCAUCACCACGCAGAGUUCAGUGAUAUCACGAUACAAGGUCCGGAGGACGAUGUUAGUUAUGAGAAUGACACGAGUGCGAUGUCAUCGUCAGACACACAUCAACAGUCAAACAUUUCAAACCAUAUACCCCAGCAGCAUACGAACAGUCGGUACCUUUCCGCAGAUUAUGCUGCUGAACUUCCUGGGCCGAGUAAGCCUUGUGAGCCACCGGUUCAAAAUGAUGUCAGAAAAGAUACGAAGCCUUCUGACAAAGAUGUCAAGUUUUCUGACAACAAAACUGACAUCAAGACAGAUGCCAAAGCAGAAGUAAAGGAUGUGAAGCGCGAUGUCAAGGACUUGAAGAGCGACAUCAAGGAUAUAAAACGUGAUGGCAAGGACGUUAAGCCUGUGAAACCAGUAAAUGCAAAGCCAAGACACAUACAGCUCCACCUGAUGGGAAAGUCAUUAGCCAAUGGACGUAUGAUUACCGACCAUGCCACGUGUACCAGGGUCCACACCGUAUGACUGGACGUUGUUUGUAAGAUAUAGGCCAAAUUUUGGGUGUUUUUAGGGAGCAUUUCAUAUGCAAGUUGGCUUGUGGCCGAAAUUGGGCCUUUGCCAGCCUUCGGCCUUUGAAUGGGGAACAGAUAUCAGAGAUGACCUGUAGGAAGCAGAUAGGUUACGAGGUAACUGAGUUGGUUGUAAGGUUUAUUUCUGCAUCAUGUCCUGGCUGGAGUUGCACUCAUUCAUGGUUUGGUCAGUAUUUUGUGUGUAAGUUUAUCACCCUCACCAAGAAAAUAAAGGAUGAGCCUCCGUCUUGGAUAGGGGAUAAAGACUCAUACGGCCAAUGGCCUGAUGUAUUGUGUGAUACUGUCUGAUUGGUGCAAAUCAGUAAAGACGGAUUGAAGCAUGGCCCAUAUGACCAUGUCGCAUUCUAGGGAAAAGGAAAAAUCACCUAGAUUUCAAUAACUUUAAUGUAUAACUGAUCUUUAUGUGAUCAUAAUUUGCAAAUGUUAAUGUACAUGUAAAUAAUCUUGGAAAAAACCCGUGCAAUAUACAUUUACACUGAUAUGAUAUCAUUCCACUGUCGGUGCUGUAGUAAGAGAAAUGAAUCUAUUUAAAUUACUCCCCUCAGCAGAAGGUUGUGCCGUGGCAAAAUGGCAUUUAUUCGUUUACAAGUUGCAGAAUUUCAAAAAGCAAGUGUUGAGGUGUCAUCUUAUUUGAAUUGCUCCGAAAAAAUAUAUUUUUCAUUUGAUACUUUGUGUCCAAAAACGCUUUCAAAAGUGUGUUGUUUGAGUUUGAAUAGGGUCUAACCAUGAGCCAAUGCAUUAGACAGCGCAGUACAUUGCAAUCGAUGAAGGCAAAUCUCAGCAAAGACGUAUAAGAAUAGAUGCCAUUUUGACUGCUGCACAACCUUGGGCUGAUUGGAGGAGGGCAUUUAUUUAAUCCAGGAGAAUACGGGUGCAAUGUUUGGAGUUGCCAAUUAAGAUUUUUCGCGAACACCUCAUUUUCUGUAAGAAUUUGCACAAAAUAGAUUUUUGCAAAACGUAGGCCCUAUAUAUUUGCGGAAAGAUUUUCUAAACUGCAGACUACAAUAUAAUUUCUUCUUGAAUGUCUUGUCAUCUUUUUAGAGUGUACAUGUAUUUGUGAUUGUUUUUAGGUGGAUCAUCUUGAAGACAGACUAUGGGCGUGAGAUUCAGCAUCGAUAUCACUCUAGACAGGCACCCACUUGAUGGGAAUAAUGCGAACACUAGUGUGAAUGCUAUUGGCUCCAUGCCACCUUUCAUAUAAUGGUCUGCGGCUUCAUUCCCUUUUUUUAAUCACAGAAAAAAAACUUGUAUUCUAGGAAUGCUACUUAUCUGAUAUAUUUUUAUUGUUGAUUGAAAUGCACAUUGUGUAACUAGAUGGCAGUAAAUUGGGACUGACUAUGUAUGCAACCGAUAGUUUAGUGAAUCACAAACCUUUUAUGUGUACACACAUGCCAUUUUAUUGAUUGGUUUGGUAAAAUACUCGAUUCAUCAAGUGGAGUGUGUGACUGUUUUACUUUCUCCAGAGCAUCUUUCAUAGGGAUGCCUAAUCUGCAAAAUGGUUUGACGCAAGUAAUCCUCAUUAAAGAUUGAUUUAAUCAAGCUGAGGAAGAAAGGGGUAUUAAAAGAGUAGUGUGAGACAUGCUACCAAUGAGAGCACCCUCAACUUGUGCCCAGUUUCCUUAAAUGGAGAAAGAAAAGAUAAUUUUACAUGUAUAUACUGGGUAAUGUAAUAAGUGUUAACAUUUUCUGCCCGGAUUUUGCACAGGGGCUUGUAGAGCACCGCUUUGCCUUGACUUUUCAUAGAUCAGUGAUGCACGGUGUGUAACACACUUGUACUAGGAUAGUUCUUAUUAUAUCACGUAUAAUCAUAGAUGGCGCUGGGCGCUAAAAUUGUCAAAGUGAAUGUUGAAGAAAGAGGUUUUUUAGAGUGAUUUAUCACGUCUCUCCUCUUCUAACUUCCAUAUUGGAAAUGAGGUAUUUUAAUGCUGAAUAUGUGAAUAAUGAAACAACCAAUAUUCAGACUUCGUAUGUAUCUGUAAGAUGUCUUCUGAUCCGCAGAAUUUCCAGAAACCACGAGUGUUUUGUCUUGUACCUUAUGCUUUGGUCCCAGAUGUGCACCAUCUUGAAACGAAAAUAUCCAGUAUCUUUCCCAAAAUGUGUAUAUCCAAAAUGUGCCUCCGAAGCCUUUUUCUUCUGUGUGUUUAUCAUGUUUGAUGUAUUCGUCUGUCAUCCCCAGUAAAACGAUUUUCGGGUUUGCUCUGGUACAAUAGUCACCCAAAUCAAGGACACCAUAUCGCCGAGUAUCCUGAUUCAGGUGAUUCUGAAGAUAUUGAUGAGAUGUGAAAUAUCAAGAUAAUAACUGAGGUGAUUUUCGUGUUUGUCGUGUAUGGCGGAGCCUAUAGCAGGAAGACCAUUUUCAUUGCAAGUUGUACCACAGCAAACCAAUGACCUUGACCUCUUGAAUGUCAUCCCCAUUUGUGCCAAACCCUUUGAUGUUGGACUUCUUCCUUUGUACAUGUAAAUUUUCAAGUCCGAUUAUUAUUACAUGGAAGAGAAAGUUCUUUGAAAUAAAGUUAUUCUUUUA